AGCAAGGAUUUGCAUCCAGCACCAACAGCAGCAGCAGCAGCGAGCAGAGCAGCGCCAGCGACUGCAAUUUAGGCAGCUCACUCAGACGCCAUCGUCGACGCAGACGCAGCUCAAGCCAAGGGCUGAGGGAUGCUUAUUGUCCGGACCUGUUGCAUGCCUGCUCAUUGAUACUGCACCAACAGCAACCCGGCAGCAGUGACAGUUCCGUUGGCAACUUUACGGCCACACCACCGCCGCCAACAGAGGCCCAGGCCCCGGAGGUGGGAGUGGUGGUUGGAGAGCAGCGGAGGGGCAGCGUUGAGUACAGCUCAGAUUAUGUGGAGAUUGAUGAGCUGUUGCCGCUAGGCUGUGCUGUGCCGCGAGCCAAGAGCACACCACAAUUGCUGCAGCAUGCUGUAGACCUGGACGAGUGUCUAGUUGCGAUGGGUCAGAACCUGAGCCUGCGACGCCCGCGCAUCUCACUGACCUGGGUGCUCCGCGAGCACAACCAGCAGCCAACGACGCCGUCACAGCCCGCCCCGGUCCAAAAUGAUGCGGAUGAGUCGCAGGAGAAGGAGCCGCUAAAGCUAAGCAAUGGACACACUAUUCAGGGUACACGAACCACUGAGAGCAUUCGACGCACUGAUCCGGUGCCCACGCAGCUGGACGUGACCAAAAAACGUUAUCGGGUCAAGCAUCAGUUGCCGGGCGGAACGGAGCCGUUAAAUGGUUAUGCGACCACGCCCACCGCUCAUCAGGCACCCAGCAAUGGGCACUUGUCGAACCAGAAGUUCUUCAGCAAUCAGAAUCUGCUAGACUACAAGGAUAAGGCGACGCGGAGCACACCCAUUGGCGGUGCUCCAGUGGCCGCCGCCUCCACCAAAGAGUUGUUGUUUGUCUGCACCCCACAGCGGGCACCCAGGGGUGGCGAUAUGCAGAGUGAGGCGCUGCUCCUCGCCCGUAAACGCAACGAGAUUAGAAAGAAGCUGGCGAAUCGCUUGCAGCAGGCACGAUCCGCUGCAGCUGCCGCCUCCUCCUCCACCACCUUGGCCACGGCUGCUACUGUUGCUGCUGAGCCGCGGCAGCUGCAACUGAGCCAGCAGCGUUCCACUUCCACAGCUGCGCCGGGGGAUGCGCUGAAGUGCACCUACUCGGAGCCCAGUCUGGUCGCCGUCUCAGAGGGAGGAGGCGUUGGAAUUGCGCCACAACAACAGCGUCGCCAUCGGCAUCGCAAGCGUCGCGAGCGAGAACGCAAUCGGGUCCAGCGUUUCGGCUACGAGAUCCAAAACGUGGAUGAGUUUCUGUCGCGCUGCUCGCUGGCUGCACCCGGUAAUAUACCCGUUGUGCUGGCCACGGCGACCACAUUGUAUCAGACACGCCCCGGCGGCUAUCAGCUGGAGAUUCCCCUGCCCCUGGGAAUGGUCGUCAAUGCGGUGUUCAAGAAUCAGAACUGGCUGUAUGUGCAGACGCCGCACGCGGAGGAGGGCUAUGUGGGCUAUGCGUGUUGUCUGCCCCUAGGGAUUCUUCCAUCGGCGGCACGCGGCUCCAAGCCGACACCCUGCUGGGAAUCAAAUGCGGACAUCUUUCCGCGUCCCUGCGGCAACAUGACCGACUCCGAGAAGGAGAUACGCCUGCGUGGCGGCACACGUUCCGACGGCGCACGCACUCCGCGCAGCAGCAGCUCAAAGCCAGCAGCUGGCGCAGCAGGCGCAACCGAGGAGCCGAACAACAACAACAACAACAACCACUGCAGCAAGAGUCAUGUGGGUUCCUUGUAUGGGGAGCAGCAUGUGGAUAAAUUAUAUCUACGUGCCGCCUCCCAGCCCAAGCUCGUGGAGAAGGCCUAUGCACAACUGAGAUCCACCAAGCAGCUGGGUUCUGGGUCUGCCUCUGUGCGCAGCGCUUCCAAUGAUGAAUAUGUCACGCUGCAACAGAGGACGACAACGAAGCAGGAGCAGAAGCAUCUUCACUCACAGUCUUCACAGUCGGUGCGGCGUCUCUCCAAUGUUUCAUACAUCACCAAUGGCCACAAUGGCCAGCAUCUGCAUCCAAAGAGCAUUCCACAGCAGCAGCAGCAGCAGCAGCAACAGCAGCAGCAACAGUUGAGCGUGCUGCGGCGGCAACAGCAGAGUGGACUGCGUCAAACUCUAGUCGCCAUCAAUGCGGACUACAUCACGGAGAGCAUUUGCGUCCACAAGGGCGAAAUUGUGACGCUCUGCGAGUGCCGCGAGUCCAAGGAUCAGCGCCAAUGGUUCUAUGUGAAGACGCGAGACGGACGCGAGGGCUUCAUACCAGCCGAGGUGGCCGGCCAUGGCUAUCUGUAAGCAACCACAACCACAACGACAACAACCACAGCAACAACAGACUGACCAGGCUCACAAGGCUCACAACCCAAAACAAAUGAAAAGUCAUGCGUAUUAGCCAGCCCCCCUCCUCAUAAGAUCUAUCCCACUAAGUAGCAAUAUAUCAUGUGUAAUUUUAUUUGAACUAAUUUUAAUUGUAUGCGUACGCUUCUAGAAUCUACAUAGAUGUAAUCUGUGCUAUGGGUGUAUAUGUAUAUGUAUAUGUUAUAUGUAUUUAUUUAGCAUUAGCAUACUUGCAACAUAAAUCAAAGACACACACACAUUCAAAAACACACACACACACAUCUACAAUACACAAGGACACAUGGAAAACGAAACUAUUUAUACAAUUAUUGUACUUGAUGCUUCUACUACAUAAUUUAAAUAAAUAAACGUA